AUGCGCCUUCAGUUCCUCUGUGACUACUCGCGUUGCAGCGUCAUCGAGGCGAGCUACGUCAGGUCGGAGCUGUUGCUCGCAGACCUCCUCACGAAGGCGUUGGACGCGACGAAUCUCUCGACACUGCGCGCGCUCGUGCGCAUAGGGUAA